GUAUAUAUAUAUAAAAAAAAACCCUAAACCUUUUAAGAUUCUCGUUAAAACCUAGCUGUAGCAGCAAUCUCUCUCGUUUCUGAUCGGAGCCAUGAGCAAGUCUAGCAAAAAAUCCGACACCAAAGUUGAAGCCGCACCACCUGCUUCAAUGACAAAGCCACUCAAGAAAGGUAAGAGAGAUGCGGAACAGGAUUUGGACAUCCAAGUUUCGAAGAAGCAGAAGAAAGAUUUGAUUGCUACUGUUCAGAAGGAGAAAGCUGCGAAGAAGAUACCAAAGAAGGUAGAAACUAGCAGUUCUGAAUCUUCUGAUUCUGAGGAAGAGCAGAAGACUAAGAAGACUAAGAAAGUUACUGCCAAGGAACCUCCAUCUAAGCUGAAGGAUGACUCUUCUUCUUCUUCUUCUUCUGAGGAUGACUCUUCUUCUUCUUCUGAGGAUGAUUCUUCUUCGGAUGAGAAACCUGCCCCUGCGAAGAAGCAACCUGAACCUCUUAAGAAAGAAAAGGUAGAGAGCAGCUCAGCAGAGGAUGAUUCAUCAGAGGAUGAUUCUUCUUCAGACGAGGAACCUGCCCCUGCAAAGAAGCAACCUGUUAAGAAGCAACCUGUUAAGAAAGACAGCUCAUCCGAGGAUGAUUCUUCUUCGGAUGAGAAAACUGCCCCUGUGAAGAAGGUAGCGUCAGUUCCUAAGAAGGCCAAGGCAGACAGCACUUCAUCUGAUGAUGGAUCUUCAUCUGACGAGGAACCUGCCCCUGCAAAGAAGCAACCAGCAGGUGUUGAAAAACCCAAGGCAGAAAGCGGAUCAUCUGAGGACGAAACAUCUGAGGACGAAACAUCUGAGGACGAAACAUCUUCAGACGAGGAAUCUGCCCCUGUGAAGAAGCAACCUGCAGCCUCUAAGAAUGCCAAAGCAGCGAGCAGUUCAUCAGAAGGAGAAUCUUCUUCCGACGAGGAACCCACACCUGCCAAGAAGAAGCCAACAGUUGGUAAGAAAGCCAAAGCAGCUGCAAAAGAUUCAUCAUCCUCAGAGGAAGAUUCUGAUGAUGAGGAAAGUGAUGAUGAAAAACCUCCUACGAAGAAGCCUAAAGUUUCAUCAACAAAAACUUCUAAACAAGAAACCUCUAGUGAUGAAUCUAGUGAGGAGUCUGAUGAGGAGGAGAGUGAAGAUGAGAAAGUGACCCCGAAGAAAAAGGAUUCUGAUAUUGAAAUGGUGGAUGCAGAGCAGAAAUCAAAUGCAAAACAGCCAAAAAAACCAACAAGUCAGGGAGGAUCAAAGACAUUAUUUGCCGGAAAUCUUUCCUAUGCAGUUCAGAGAUCUGACAUAGAGAAUUUCUUCAAAGAAGCUGGUGAAGUUGUCGAUGUUAGAAUUGCUUCACAUGAAGAUGGGAGUGCUAAGGGAUAUGGGCAUGUUGAAUUCGUUUCUGCAGAAGCAGCUCAGAAGGCAAUGGAACUGAAUGGUAAACCCUUACUAGGCCGCGAUGUUCGUCUUGAUCUUGCUAACGAGAUGGGAAACAGAACUCCACGAAGCAGCAAUCCUGUUUCCUAUGGAGUAGGAAGCCAAUUUCGAAAGCUUUAUGUUAGAGGAUUUGAUACUUCUCUUGGAGAAGAUGAACUCAAGGAUGCCUUUAGAAAUCACUUUAGUACUUGUGGAGAAGUGGGAAGGAUUUCUCUUCCAACUGAUCGUGAGAGUGGUGUCAUGAGGGGGAUGGCUUACGUAGAUAUGAAGAGUGGAUUCGAUGAGGCGUUGCAACUGAGCGGAAGUGAAAUGGGAGGAGGAUUUUUAACGGUGGAAGAGGCUAGACCAAGAGAUAGUGAUGGCAGUGGUUCAAAUGACAGACCUCCAAGGGACAAUGGUGGCCGUUUCUCGAAUAGAAGAGGUAGAGGGGCACCUGGUAGAGGACCACCUGGUAGAGGGCCACCUGGUAGAGGACGUGGCCGUUUCAGUAACGCUGGAAGAGGACCCAGCAAACCAAGUCUAAUUGCAUCUGCCCAAGGGAAGAAGACCGUCUUUAAUGAUGAAGAGUAGAAAGCUUUUUUGUGGUUGGGGAUGGCUCUUGUUUUUGUUCUAUCUUUUAUUUAGCUCUUUUUUUUGGCCUUGGUUUAUUUUGUUUCCUAUUGAGAAAAGCAUUAAACUUUCAAUAUGUGAUGAUGAGUUACUCUUCUUAAGAUAUUUGUGUUGGCUUUUCUUAAACUAAGAGCACUUUGCUGCUUAAAAUUUUGAAUUAAUCCUUUACCUUUA